AUGUUGUAUGAUGAGGAGCUUCCGGAUUACAUCAUGGUCAUGGUGGCCAAUAAGAAGAACCCAAAGCAGAUGGCAGACGACCUGUCCUUGUUUCUAGGCAGCAAUACCAUUAAGUUCACUGUAUGGCUACAUGGUGUUCUGGAGAAGCUACGAUCGGUUGCAACUGAGCCCACAUCACUCCAUCCAUCCGAUCCACACUCUGAGACCAGCAUCCCAGCAGAAAACAACAGGAGGGCGGCGGAGCCUCGUGCUCUCGCCAUUUCCAGCUCACGUUCUGAUAAGCUGGAGGGGCGUGUCUCAAGCUCUGCCCACGAGAACCGCACCAGCAGGAGAGGCUCUUCUGAAAGACCCUCCAGACUCACAUCUGCUGUCAAACCGCUGAUGGAGGCGUCGGCAGAAGCUGUGAUUGACAUCAAGCCUGAUCUGGAUGAUGAUCUCAUUGCCUACGACCCCAUGGAGCAGAGCUUGACCUCUCAGGCUUUAUACAGCCGCUCAACUGCGGACAGGCCACGGCCAGCGCUGGAGUCUUCCAGACGGACUGCGGACGCUUACAGGUCCUCAGACGUCACAAGAGGUCAGGAAAGGUCAGGUUCCAGCCAUGGCCGGGGCUACAGGAGCUCAGCGGAGAGCAGCAGGGAAUUGUCCCGGAAACGAAAGGCUCCCGUAGCCAGUUCGGUGGUUCGGGUUCACAGAGGUCAUGAACGCGGACAGGAGAGUGAUGAUCUGAAUGAGGAGGAGGAUGAAGAUGAGGAGGACUACGGUAUUGCCAGCAAAGUGUCUCUGCCAUUGAAACCUGAGCGCAAGCCUUCCCUCCCACCAGCCAAACAAGCCAACAAAAAUCUGAUCCUCAAAGCGAUCUCAGAAGCUCAGAAAUCCAUCAACAAGACCACUACAUACACAGUUCCCCAGCGGCAGACGGUUCCUGUGGCACCACGGACACGUUCAGCGAGUGACGAGAUGAAUAAUGCUGCAAUCCGGUUGGUCCAGGAGCACCUGCACGCUCUCACGCCUCAGGACACACUGCACAAUACACAAUCCAUAGCUUUAGCAUCUCGUCUGCAGUUGGAUCUUCCAGAAGAGGACACUCGAGAGCAGCUCAGUGAAUACCGUGAGGGAUAUGACCUAACUUUGACCUCUGACAGUAAAGUCCAUCUUAGUUGUACUAUGGAAGUCAUUCAGUCACACUCUGUGAAGCUCAGUAGUCUCAUGUCAGAGAGAGGGGAGCUUGUGGAAGCAGCGAGUCCAAAGUUCAUCGUGACAUUAGAUGGAGUUCCCAGUCCGUUAGCAAGCCGCACAGAUCAGGAGAUUGAACCUGAGGACGAGUUCAAUACGACCCCUGACUUUCCAGAAAAUAAUGGACCCAAACCUGCCGUCCACCUCAGACUCGGCACUGACUUUCUAAACACUGGCAAUAGAGAGUUAAAUGAGGUGGAGGACAUGGAUGUAGAGCCGGUUCAGGCUAAACGACAGAAACUUCCAGAACGCUGCAGGUUUUGGCCUGCGUGCAAGAGUGGAGACGAGUGUCUGUACCAUCACCCCAACACACAGUGCAAAAUAUUUCCCAACUGUAAAUUUGGCAACAAGUGUCUGUUCAUUCAUCCAAACUGUAAGUUUGAUGCCAAGUGCACCAAAGCGGACUGUCCAUUCACACACGUCAGCCGCAAACUCAGCAGCAACCCGACAAGAGCUGACCCAGCUCCAGCCAGCAGCGUGUGCCAUUUCUUCCCAGAGUGUAAAAAGCUGGACUGUCCGUUCUACCACCCUAAACCGUGUAGAUUUGCGGCGCAGUGUAAGCGAGCGGGCUGUACUUUCUACCAUCCAGCUGUGGCAGUGCCGCCCAGAAGUGCUCUGAAAUGGACCAAAACGCAGAACAGUUGAGAAACACUCAAGUGAAUGAUCACGGCUGAGCUGCGGCGUUUCUACAGUUCAUGUUGAGCUUUGUCUCUUCUGUCAUUCUGAUCAUUUUUAUUGUGCUUUUAAGUUUUUUGACUUCUUUUUAAAACAAAUUAUGAGUUUUAUAAAUUGCAAGUUUCUGUAAGCUGUUUACAGAAUAUAUAUUUGGUGUAUUAAAUGUCAACAAUACACACA